AUGGCCCCGUUGUUGGUGCACACCAACGUGAGCUCCAAUACCGAUGACCUUGAAUUACGAAGCGGUAGAACCAAGGCAGCGGCAAUACAAAGAAUAGAAAGUACCGAGGACCAUAAAGAUCUAUGGAAGACUAUAGUUGAAGACAUAUCCACUUUUGAUAUGGAUACGUUAGCGGAUUUGGAGUUUCUACGUGGUACCCGCCACCACAAGUCCAAAUCAACGUCUAAACCAAAGACAACUAGCGGCAAGGUCCCUACUCUCAGUGUUAUUAACGACGUAGAAGCUCAUAUGGAUGAUGAUGUGGGUGCCAUAUCGCCUGCUCAGCGUGAGCUUCUAAGGGCACGCAAACUGGUGCUGGGACUGGUGCUGACUGGGUCUCAUUCACGGUUAUCAGUAAGGAAAACAUUCCCCAGGGAGGAAAUGAAAGCUCAUCAUCAACGAUACACGCGUAAGUUUGAGUUAGAAUUAGACAAGUCGAAUUACAGACUACAGGCAUAUAAAGAUGAUGAAUGUGAUAAUGAUGAACGCCCCACAACAAAGAAGAGACGCGUUGCAACGUCGAGAAACAGCAACAAUAUCAACAACAUCUCAAUAGAAGAAGAACUUAUAGAUCUUAUUGAGGUUAUAGACUCACUGGAGAACAUCACAGAUCACACCUCCACAGUUUCUCUGUGCCUCCAACAAUUAUUCACCAAACUCAAUACUAUUCGUAACACCGAGUUCAACAAGAUUGACGUACACGUGUUACUACGAAUAGAAGAGCAGACAUUCAGUUUGCUCUGUCAAUCAUCAGAUACUAAUUGGAAAAGUCUAGAACAUCUACGAGAUCCUCGGGCGGUGAAAUCUCUAUUGAGUUUAUCUAAAGAUUUGUUCACGGCUUGUAAGAUCCUUACGCUUAUUCUUAAUAGUGACAGACAGGAGAAACAACUUUAUCUUUACGACUACCUUGCAUUGGUGAUCAACUUUAUUGCCACGUUCUGUAGAGAAGGGCUUAUGCCCUUAGCUAAAGUGACUGUUCUGAAUUCAAUCAUUGUCAAUUCCUUUAGAGGGGCCUUUUCUGCCGUGUGCAGUGAGAUCGAGCACACCAUUGAGCUCUUGAAAUGCCAUGUGAACAAAAGAGAAGUUAACGAAGAUCUCCUAACAAAAUUGGAAUAUACAAUCAUGAGUUUUAUAUUUUCAGAGUCAAAUUCAAGAGACAAAUCGUCAGUGAUUGGUGUGCAUCAAGUGGAACUCUUAAAGAUGUCAUUAUCCAAUUUGUGUGCCACGAUCUUUAAGAAGAAUCCCAAUCAAAGAAGUUUCAUUCUAAGCGAGUUGCUCUCCAACGCAUACAAGAUUCCUCUUCUGAAAUCAGCAGCUCGUCAAUUCAAAACUUCAAGAGGAACAAGCAUACAUUUAUUGACGUCAACAUUGCUUAAUUUGCUUCAAACAUUUUACUUUGAAAUUGAUCAUAAUUAUGAGCAUCAUCAUGGUGAUAAUGAAACGAAGCUGAUCUUGGAGUUGGCUCAGAUCUCAUAUGAAGAUGGUGAAAGAUUUGCAACAGAGAUAUCCCAAUAUAUUGUUUCGUUUGUUGCAACAAAUCCUUCUCAAGCCAAUAAGCAAAGUCUCGAAGUAUUUAUCACCGAUUUGUUGAAUAUACUUCUUUUCCCCGAAUGGCCGGGCGCUGAAAGUUUACUUCUUGGAAUAUUAACUUCACUAUUGACAACCAUUAGAGCUGAAAACGGACAGGAUAACUUCUUCUUGGAUAUGGCAGGCUUAAUAGGUGUCCGCCUUUUGACAAUCAGAAACAAUAACCCCAGUGCUUUAGUAUGGAAUUUCGUCCAAGAUGAUGAUAACGAUGAAGAUAAUACAACUGGAAGUGAAUUAGCUCAAACUAUAAGAACCGUAUUGGAUUUUGUUCUGCAACAGGGAAAGAAAUCUCAUUUCUAUUUUAAUGCUCUUCAAUAUUUGAUUGUCAAAUAUCUUCAUUAUUUAUUGCCAGAGUUUGACUCCAACAAUUCUGAAUUGAAUGCUCUUCAAUCACUGAGAAGUGGUGGUGUUUUUCGUAAGCAAGAAAGAGAGAUUUUCAGUUUAUUACUUGAGGCAAAGUUUGGCUUAGAUUCAAAGACUGGUGCCUCCAAUGCGUUCGAUAAAGUCAUGAUACCUUAUUAUCGGUCAAUCGCCACAAUGUCCAUUCAUUUUGGAAUUGAAGGGUUUCUUUCAACGCUUGUAAAGUGUCUUGAUAGCAAUAAAGCAACAGUGAAGUCAAGGGCUUUAAAGGUACUUGCAAACGUUGUGAAUAAGGAUUCAAAAGUGAUGCUUGUUCCAAGUGUUCGGGAUUGUAUUUCCAGAAGGUUGUUAGAUAAUUCUUCUUCAGUUAGAGAAGCUGUUAUCGAGUUGAUUUCAAAGUAUAUACAUUCCAGAGCUGGAGUUAUUGAUCAAUACUAUCGACCAAUCUGCUGUCUUUUAUUCGAUAAAAGUAUUCAAGUUCGUCGGAAGGUGCUAAAAUUAUGCAAAGGUCUAUACAGUGGUUCCGAAAAUCGUUCCGUACGAUCUUACAUGGCCAUCGAGGUACUCAAACUAUGCAAAGACGAAGACGAAAGCGUAAGGCAACUUGCAAAAGACACACUUGUGGAGUUAUGGUUCCCUACUAACGAUAAGAUAACAUCUUCUGAAAGUUUAAGGAUAGCUGAAGUGAUGAUGGAUGUUGUCUAUAAGUCCGAAGAUUGCUUUGAACAGCUUAUCAUAGACAGCAUGACGAACCAGGAUCGUCAAGAUUCAUUUGAGAACUUGAUGAAACUUCAUGUCAUUAACAUUCUAGAUUUCGUGGUAGAGUGUCAAGAUACCCAGUUUCAACUGCAAGUAGAAAAAGCCAUGAAGUUAGUAGCAUGUUUUACAAAGUGCAAACACGAUUUGAUAUCUCAAGACAUGCUUUCUUCCAUCAAGCCAUACAUAAUGGAUGAAUCAUUGGCCAAGGGCACUGUGGGAUACUACUCCAUAGUAAUCUUAAAAAUCUCACUUGGGGAAAUGAGAUCGGUGCGUCCUGAGCUUCUUGAGUCGAUUCAAAUGCAUUUGAUGAAGAACCUCUCCAAGUAUUCUUAUACAGAAUUGGUUCAAGUGGUCCCAUGUCUUUGGAGACUUUGUGAAGAGAGCGACAGCACGGAGAAGUUGGCCAAUGCCACGUUAUCGUGUAUUCAAAUAUCAAGAGAAUGCAUUGCCGAGUUCAAGAACAAGGGCCAUCUAGAAAGGACAAGGAACCUACAAAAAGUGCUUACACUAAUGAGUUUUCUUGGGACAGAAUGUGAUUUAGAUAGACAUCGGGAUUUAUUUGCUAAAGCACAUCAAAUGGGUUUACAGGAAAACGAAACUGUAACCAGUUUGCUAACCCGAAUAGUGAUGAUGUUUUGCAGUUCAAAAGUGGAUGAACAAAUUUAUACUGUUUCCAUUUCAGCGUUGAUGAGAUUCUGUAUUCACAAUCCCAAGAUGUUCAAUCUUCCAAUAGUUGUCAAAACUUUGGAUAAAGUAUUUCAGAAAAGAGUCCCUAGGGCCAUCUUGUCUAUCACUGAUGCAAUGCAAUGGUUGAUUGGAGGAAAAGAGUCGCAAAGCAGCGGACUUAAUGCUCAAGUAAGAGAAAAUAUUUGUGCACGGUUUGUUCAACGUCAUUUGCAAGAUGUGCUUGAUACCUGCGUAGGCUGUGAAACCAAAUAUCAAGCUGGGUUUUUCAAUUUCUUGGAAAGCAUGUUGAAAGGUGGGUUCAGUAACCCCAAGCUUUGUAUUCCAACUGUGCUAGCCUUUGGAAGUAGUACGUCCAAGAGAAUACGUGAACGAGCCAUUGAAUUGAGCAAAGACUUAUUUGCAAAGCAUGAGUCACUCGUGGAAUCAAGUUAUGUUGAAGGUAUAAAAUUGGCCGCUUCCAUGGCAGCAGCAGCAGCAGCAGACCAUGCAAUGGUAGUAACUGUGGACUAUCUUGCAAUCUUAUAUAACAUCGCAAGUCAGAGUAUAACUGCACGUAAGAAGCUUCUCAGCAGCAUAGUGAAGGUGAUGUCUGCUAAUUUCAAAAGUACGACCAAUGCAAAGGAGCAAGUGACUCAAAUAAAGUUUGUCACCCCAAGAUUAAGUCAAAUUAAAUUUGCAACUAUUGAAGAGGUAUGCUUUGUCAUCUACAACUUGGACCAAACGAUAUCAAUUGGUGGAAUGAAUUUUGUUGAACGGUUAGAUGGUGUGGAUGAAGUUGAUGACGAGCCAAUGGUAGAGUUGGAACAUCUACUUUAUCAUUGCCAAUCGUUGAUGUUGGUAAUAUUAAUGCGGGACCAUUUGGCUUCCUGUUACUCCAUUACUCCUGGCCAUUUGGAUGACUAUAGACCUGGUCGGUCCAAUCAAUCACUUCGACAAGCUCCUAGAAUUGUCACCCAAUUGCCCUUUGAUGCCGGCAACGCCCAACUCUCGCUACAAGAGCCACUUCUGGCUACAGAAAUCAUGCGGGUGAUUAAGACCACCAGAAAGAUCAUGCACAAGUACGCGUAA